UUAGGUGAUCAUCUUGAAAACUCAAUAGAGAAGCCAACUGACGAUAGCCCCCUUAAUGAUCGUAGACGCUAUAAUUCAUGGGCUCGUAAUGACAAAACUGCUUGUUACUUGAUGCUUGGUAGCAUGCGUAACGAUUUAAUUAAGCAAUUUGAAAUUCACAAAACUGCUAAAGAGAUGUGGUCCGCUGUCAAGAAAGCAUUUGGAAAAUUGGACGCCUCGCGUAUACAGGCUCUAACUAUGACGUUCGAGACAUACAAGAUGCCUACUGGUGAUUCUAUGACAGAUCAUCUCAGAAAAAUGGGCACCAUGAUUCGUGAUCUUGAAGAAGCUGGAAGUUCUCUUUCUUCUACCCAACAAAUUACAGGUGUACUUAGGUCUUUACCAGAUUCCUGGGAUACUAUGAAAAAGGUGCUAAUUCACAACAAUCAGAUUCAAUCUUUUGAAGACCUAUCACACCAUCUUAUCUUGGAGUUUGAGCUUGCAAUCACUGAAGCCGCAGUCACCGCUCUCGUCACACAGCAUAAGGAGUCAAAAGAAACCGACCUCCAAACAAAAGCAAAAGUACCCUUUCAAAGGCAAAGGUUGCAACAUUUGUUGGAUUUGCGGACAGGAGGGCCACAUGAAAAAUGACUGUAACAAGUCCAAGGAGCCUCAAAACACAUAACUUUUGACCGGAGCGGUUUCGCCUAUUUUAGGAGCAUUCCAAGGGGACAGCACAAAAUAUUUCUUGGGAAUGACGCCACAGAGGAAGUGAUCGGGGUGGGAGAAUACCAUCUUCGGGCAAGGAUUGGCCGGACGUUGAUUCUCAAGGAUGUUUUGUAUUCCCCUAAAAUGUGAAGAAAUUUAGUCUCUGUUUUAGCAUUAGUAUCUGAUUCAUUUGAUGUUAGAUUUUUUAAAAAUAGAGCUUCUAUUAAAUUUCAUGGCGUCUUG